UGACGGCCCCAGGAUCAACCGGCCAUCUGCGAAACCUGUCCCUGCUGGCAGGCUACGUCAUUCAUUGAAGUAACUGCUGCCUCUGGAUUCUACCGGAGUGUGGCGCCUGGGAUCGUCCUUUCAAGGAUAAAAGACGCCCCCCUAGCACAAGCGCUUCGCAGUCGGCGGCAAAAGUCUUGUCGAACACUUACGAGAACUAUUUUCAUCUAAACAGGUGAGCUACUCUUCCCUAGAGCUCAUUUGUGUGCCGCCGCCGACUGCUGCCAUGAUUGAUGCUGAUCAUUGAUAUUUGACGUGAUCCUUGUGCGAAAUUCUUUACUUGUUUUGUGCUUCGCCAUGUCAUCGAUUUGCCCGGUUUGUUCAAAUCGGCUGUCAAGUGAUGGCAGAUUCUUGUCCUGUGUGGAAUGUAAGAAUGGCUUUCACUUGGGGAAAACAUGCUCGGGUGUUGCUGAAAGCACUUUUCUGUCAAUGGGAUCCUUAAAACGGGAGAGUUGGAAAUGCAAGCACUGUAGAUCAUCUACGGGGGAAUUAAGCUCAGGGCAACUUCGCAACUCGGCUGCAUCUGCAGAAGCCGAUGACCCAAGCUCUCAGUUGGGCUCUCUCCGAGAACAACUACAGGGAAUCAAUGACAUGGUUGUUACUCUUUUGCCCCUUAAAGAAAAGGUUGACCAGUUACUUGCACUAAAGCCCCGGAUUGAUGAGGUGUUAUCUUUGAGGGAAACAGUGCUGGAGUUGCAAAGCUCUGUGCAGUAUCUGGCAACAGGUUAUGACACAGUCCUGGCUCAGACUAAGGAAUCAGAUUCAGCCGUAAAAGGUAUUGAAACCCAAGUAGAAUCAUUAACAGAAUGUGUAAGAAAACAGUCUGAGGAAAUAGCCCAAUUUCGCGCUGAGCGCAACAAGGACGAGCAGUACAGCAGGCUUUCCAAUUUGGAACUCCACGGACUUCCAUUUUCUUCAGGGGAAGACCUGCGUGCUGUCAUAUCAGAACUUGCACAGAAGCUAGCUUUGACAGAAUUCAACCCUCGGGAUGUUGUAGCGGUCCACCGAUUGCCCGCCAGAAAAGAUAAAGUACCACCGGUACUAGUUAGGUUCUCUGGCCCGUCAUUACGGGACACUUGGCUGGCAGCACGUCGCAAACUGCGUGACUUGGCACAGAAAAAACUUUACCCCAUGAUGUACCUAAACGAAAAUUUGACUCAGACUAACAAAGAACUAUUCUGGAAAGCUCGUACCAAAGGCAAGGAAAGCUCCUAUAAGUAUGUGUGGGUUAAAAAUGGCAAGAUUUUUGCUCGAAAAGAAGACGGAGGCCGUGUGCUUCGUAUCGCCACGGUUGACGACGUUGAUAAGAUGACUUAG